UUUGCAAAUUGUCAAGCCAUGGCACAGCGAGCAGCGCCGCUGUCGAGCUCCCGUCACAGCAAUCAGAAGGGGUUCUUCAAGGAGGACGAGCGCAAGAUGACCUCUGCAAGCAGUCAAGCCAAGUCUCAAAAACCAGCCUGGCAAGCGUCGGCACUGACGGCGACAGACCAAGGGGAGAACCAAGUCAUUCCUUUUUCGUUUGACGAAGAGGACGACGAGAGAGACAAGGCUGGUGCAAAGGAUGGACAUCCGAGCGACAGUGAGCACGACGAGGGUAGUGGCAGCGACAGCGAAAGCCAGGAUGACACCAAUCAUGUGAGCGUUGCGUGCUCCGAGUGGCUCCAUGCGGCGUCGAAAGAUGGAAGUCGUGAUGAAAGCGAUUCGUCCGAUGCUAAGUUGAAGGACCAGCCAAACAAUACGAGCAACUGUGACGCUUUGUCGCAGCUACGUGAUCCUCCUAAGACCAAGGCACAGCUUGCUUUGCUCGAUACGAAAUCGUUGGAGUCUGCGACGUCUAGCAACCAGAGCGCGGAUGUGGAAUUCAGUCCGUUGCGGACCUUACCCGGAUCGAUCCUAGCAGAGGGUUCGAUUGUGCGCUGCAACAACGGGACCAACAAAUUCGCCCCACAGUACCAAUUUUUUCUGAAGAACAAACUCGUGCUCCUUGCCCAAAAACAACUCCACAAUCGCACGUCCAACUACCACAUCUUUGACAUGUCCCGCGGUGGGUAUGCGGGCCAAAAACUGACCAAGAAGAGUGGCAACUACGUCGGGAAAUUGAGGUCCAAUUUUGGCAAGCACGAAAACGUCAUGGUGAGCGCCCAGGCGGAACGAAGUGAAUUGGGAGCAAUCCACUUCGACACUAAGGUGUCGAGCACCAAGCCACGCAAGUUGACGGUUGUGUGUCCACCGCUGUCCAGUCAAAAUGAAGUUCUUGCCCAGGGCGCCAAGCCAGAGUCGUUCAGCACGCUCUUGGAUUUACACAAGGCCGACAAGCGAGGGACGGACCACCUCACGGUGUUGGAAAACAAAGAACCCGAGUACGAAAAGGGUUGUUACCGCCUCAACUUUAAUGGGCGGGUCUCGAUUCCUUCCGUCAAGAACUUUCAACUGAUCGCACGGGGAAACGCCGCCAAAGGCAUCGUGCUCCAGUUCGGCAAGGUUUCGGACAAGCUGUUCCACCUCGACUUCAAACACCCACUCACGCCAUUCCAAGCGUUCGCCAUUGCCCUGUCACAGUUUAACUAUUGAUCUCCAUCUCCGUCCGACAACUCAAGUUGACUUGAGUGAAACCGUAGCCGUUACGGCACGAAACCCAACAGUCGAAAUAUACCCGUUUAUUUGGGUUAAGUACUAGUAGGAUUACUAUAAUCGUACAGACUCUGUUCAGGA